CAAAGCGUCAUAAGUCCCUCCACCCGGCCCGGCUUCCCGUCGUGGGGGCACUGCACGGCCCUCCUCCCGUCGUGGGGGCACUGCACGGCCCACUCACUCCCGCCUCGUCACCCCCGCCAGGUUUCCCCCGCCCUUUCCGGCCGGGGCUGGUCGCGAUUGCGCGCGCAGGGCCUGAGCGGGCGUCGGAGGGAAGGGGAAGCGGCGGGUUCUAGCGAUCCUCUAACCUCAGCCUCCUGAGUAGCCGGAAGUACAGGCGUGCCCCAUCACACACAGCUAAUGUUUAAAAACUUUUUUGGGGGGCCUCACCAUGUUCCCCAGGCUGGUCUUGAACUCCAGGACUCAAGCGAUCCUCCCGCCAGGGCAUCCGAAAGUGCUGGGAUUACAGGGUAGUAACAGAUUAUGGACAACAGUCCUUUUUAAUUAAUGUAUCGUCAUCAUGGCUAAUGAGGGCUGUCCCAAGGCUGCUGAUAGUCCUUUUUCAUCAGAUAAACAUGCCCAGCUCAUCUUGGCCCAAAUCAAUAAGAUGAGAAAUGGACAGCAUUUCUGUGAUGUGCAGCUGCAAGUUGGAAAGGAAACUUUUAAAGCUCAUCGGCUGGUUUUGGCUGCCAGCAGUCCUUACUUCGCAGCUUUGUUCACUGGAGGAAUGAAAGAGUCCUCAAAAGAUGUUGUACCAAUUCUAGGAAUUGAAGCAGGAAUCUUUCAGAUACUUCUAGAUUUCAUUUACACAGGUAUAGUGAACAUAGGUGUGAAUAAUGUCCAGGAGUUGAUUGUUGCAGCAGACAUGCUACAGUUGACUGAAGUUGUUCAUCUUUGCUGUGAAUUUCUGAAAGGACAAAUUGAUCCACUGAACUGCAUUGGAAUCUUUCAGUUCUCUGAGCAAAUUGCCUGCCAUGAUCUCUUGGAAUUCUCAGAAAACUACAUUCAUGUCCAUUUCUUAGAGGUUCAUAGUGGAGAAGAGUUCCUGGCACUUACAAAAGAUCAGCUGAUCAAAAUUUUGCGAAGUGAAGAGCUUAGCAUUGAGGAUGAAUACCAGGUCUUCUUAGCUGCAAUGCAAUGGAUUCUGAAAGAUUUGGGAAAAAGAAGAAAACAUGUGGUAGAAGUGCUAGACCCAAUUCGAUUCCCUUUAUUACCUCCUCAGAGACUUUUGAAGUAUAUAGAAGGAGUAUCCGAUUUUAAUCUUCGUGUUGCAUUGCAAACACUUCUGAAAGAGUACUGUGAAGUAUGCAAAUCUCCCAAAGAGAACAAGUUUUGUAGUUUUCUGCAGACAUCUAAGGUUCGACCUCGGAAGAAAGCAAGAAAGUACCUGUAUGCAGUAGGUGGAUAUACUCGGUUGCAGGGGGGUCGUUGGAGUGAUAGCAGAGCCCUCAGCUGUGUGGAACGUUUUGACACCUUUAGCCAGUACUGGACCACUGUGUCUUCACUUCAUCAGGCUCGAAGUGGGCUGGGAGUAACAGUUCUGGGAGGGAUGGUCUACGCUAUUGGAGGUGAAAAGGAUUCAAUGAUUUUUGAUUGUACUGAAUGCUAUGAUCCAGUUACUAAACAGUGGACAACUGUAGCUUCAAUGAAUCAUCCUCGCUGUGGCUUAGGCGUGUGUGUGUGUUAUGGGGCUAUCUAUGCUUUGGGUGGAUGGGUUGGAGCUGAGAUAGGGAACACCAUUGAAAGAUUUGAUCCUGAUGAAAAUAAAUGGGAAGUAGUUGGUAACAUGGCUGUGUCACGCUACUACUUUGGGUGCUGUGAAAUGCAAGGUUUAAUUUAUGUAAUUGGGGGCAUCAGCAAUGAAGGAAUAGAACUUCGUUCUUUUGAAGUCUAUGAUCCGCUUUCUAAGCGUUGGUCUCCACUUCCUCCAAUGGGAACCAGGAGAGCAUAUCUUGGCGUGGCUGCACUCAAUGACUGCAUCUAUUCUAUUGGAGGAUGGAAUGAGACCCAAGAUGCUCUUCAUACUGUAGAAAAAUAUUCCUUUGAAGAGGAAAAGUGGGUUGAAGUUGCCUCAAUGAAAGUGCCUAGAGCAGGCAUGUGUGUUGUGGCAGUCAAUGGUCUUCUCUAUGUUUCUGGAGGUCGAUCUUCCAGCCAUGAUUUCUUGGCUCCAGGUACCUUGGACUCAGUUGAAGUUUAUAACCCUCAUUCAGAUACAUGGACAGAAAUUGGUAACAUGAUCACCAGUCGUUGUGAAGGGGGCGUUGCUGUGCUAUGAAAUAUAAAGCAUAACAGAGCACAAGGAACAUUUUGAAAAUGCAGGACCUGACCUUUUGGAAAGCAAACAUACAUGUGGUGGUAAGACCCUCUGAUUCUAUGAGUUUUCCAUGUAUUUGGUAGAUAAAUUACUAACGAGGCUGGGUGCAGUGGCCUCAUGCCUAUAAUCCCAGCACUUUGGAAGGCUGAGGCAGAAGGAUGACUUGAGCCCAGGAAUUUGAGGUUAUGGUAAGCUACGAUCAUGCCACUGCACUCCACUCCGGGCAUGAGUGGAACGAGAUCCUGUCUCUUAAAGAAAAAAACUAAACUAAAGAAUGAUUUUUCUAAAAAUAUGAGUGAGAAUGGAUAUGAAAUAUAUCCCAAUUAAUAAAGAGCUCACACAGAUUUGCCAAGCUUACUAAUAAUAGAAAUGCCACUUAUGCUGUAGAAUUCUCCAGUUUAAGUGUAGACAAGUCCGGUUUUACAAAUUUGUAAAAAUUAUUUACUAGAAGCUUCCUGGCAAAUAGCCCCUUUAGCUACUUCUCCAGUGCAGUAUAAGUUGUAACAUAACCUUUAUGUGAUGUAGGAAUAGUAUCAAUGACACAGUUUAAAGAUCUCUGUAUAUUCACAAUUGUAUCCAGAGCAUAAUUUUCCAUGACCAUAGUUUGAGCUACAGAGAAAAGCCAAUGAAACAGAUUCCUACUUUUAUUUAAUGCCAAGAGUUUUCAUUAGCCCCAAACUUUUUAUUGGCAGCAGAUACACUAGGAGGGGUGUUUGGGAAAUAUCUAUUUUUAUAGAUAGAUACCUUUUUGCUUGAUGAUAAGUUUUUGCUUGCUCAUAUUUUUUGUCUUGAUCCUGAGAAUGCAAGUAAAGAAUUAAUAGGAGGUUCUUAGUGACCAGAUGUUGUAAUGGGCUAUAGAGCCCAGCAGGCAGUAUGUACCUAGAAAUUUCUCUCUUUUUCAGGCUGGGCAUGGUGGCUCACACCUGUAAUCCUAGCACUUUGAGAGACCGAGGUGAGGCAGGAAGAUUGCUUGAACUCAGGAAUUUGAGACCAGCCUUGGGCAACAUGACGAGACUCCGUCUCUACCAAAAAACAUAUAAAAAUUAACCAGGCGUGGUGGCUUGUGCCUGUGGUCCCAUCUGCUUGGGAGGCUGAGGUUGCAGGAUCACUUGAGCCCAGGAGGUCGAGGCUGCAGUGAGCCGAGAUUGUGCCACUGCACACUGGCCUGGGUGACAGCAUGAUAACCUGUCUCAAAAAAAA